AUGGAAUCUUCCAAGACCUUCAUGAGACAGAUGCCGAUCACACCAGGCUACAGUGGCUUCGUGCCCUACCUGAGCUGCCAGGGCACCUCCAGCGAGGACAACAUGGCCCACUGUCUGAAAAUCUUCCAGGAGAACACACAGCGGUAUAAAGACCAGCUGGAGGAAUUCCACUGCUCUGUGGCCACUGCUCCCAAGCUGAAACCUGUCCGUUCGGAAGGGACGGUCCUGCGGACACUGCACCAGUAUUACCGGCAGUACCAUCCCUUGAGUCUGGAAUGCAAGAACAUAAAGAAACCUCUCCACGAGCCCCCCAUCCCUGGCUGGGCAGGCUACCUGCCGAGAGCCAGGGUCACUGAAUUAGGCUGCUCCACGCGGUACACCGUCAUGGCCAGAAACUGCUACAGGGACUUCCUGGACCUCGUGGAGCGGGCCAAACAAGCACACCUGAAACCAUAUGAGGAAAUAUAUGGAGUUAAGUCCACACCACCUCCUCCUACUCCUCCUCCAAAAGCUUUGUUGCAUGAAGGGCUGCUGCCAAAAUAUCCAGAUUUCUCUGUUCCAGGUGUGAGGUGUCCUACCCUCAGCCGAGCCUUGAUGGAGGACCCCAGACCCCAGAUGAUGUGUGGCUGUACUCAGAGGCCAAGUGUUUGGUGCAGCGGGAAGAUUUACUUAGAGCCGCUGUCUGCAAGAAAGGACAUGGAAGUGUAG